AUGGCGGCUAACGGUCUCUACAACAUAUACCGCUUGGCUAUUCCCGUGGCUACGGGAGUCAUCGUCGCCAACGCCUCCCUCUACGAUGUAAAGGGCGGAACUCGAGCUGUCAUCUUCGACCGAAUGUCUGGUGUGCAGGAGAAGGUUGUCAACGAGGGCACGCAUUUUCUGAUCCCCUGGCUGCAAAGAGCUAUCGUAUACGAUGUGCGCACCAAGCCGCGCAACAUCUCGACCACGACCGGAAGUAAGGAUUUGCAGAUGGUCAGCUUGACCCUGCGAGUCUUGCAUCGUCCUGAAGUCCAGAAGCUGCCGGUCAUCUACCAGUCUUACGGUACCGACUACGACGAGCGUGUCCUCCCGUCCAUCGGAAACGAAGUCCUCAAAGCCAUCGUCGCCCAAUUCGACGCAGCCGAGCUCAUCACCCAGCGUGAAGCCGUCUCAAACCGCAUCCGCACAGACCUGAUGAAGCGAGCCUCACAAUUCAACAUCGCCCUCGAGGACGUUUCCAUCACACACAUGACAUUCGGAAAGGAGUUUACGCGAGCCGUCGAGCAGAAGCAGAUCGCCCAGCAGGAUGCCGAACGAGCCCGGUUCAUCGUCGAAAAGGCCGAGCAGGAGCGUCAGGCCAACGUUAUCCGCGCCGAGGGUGAAGCCGAGAGUGCUGACAUCAUCAGCAAGGCCGUCGCCAAGGCAGGCAGUGGCCUCAUUGAGAUUCGUCGUAUCGAAGCUAGCAAGGAGAUUGCCCACACUCUGGCCAGCAACCCCAAUGUCACAUAUUUGCCGGGAGGUGAAGGCAAGGAUGGUGGAAAGAGCACAAGCCUCCUUUUGGGGUUGAGGAGCUAG